UAAAAUCAUAAGAAAAAUAAAAGGAUUUAUUUAUGUACUAGUCCGUACGAUUGUUAAGUGAUUCAUUGCAGAAAGAUUUUUCUUAAUCUAUAAAAUGAUAAAGUCUGAAAUAAAUAAUGAGUUCAUCCUUCUGCGACACGCAGUUCGUCAAGCACGAGUUUGCAUAGUUAAUAAGCUUAUCAAGGAAGCUAAACUCUUACGGGAUAGACAUGGAAACGAAGCACAAAAGGAGAAGUGUAGAAAGAAAGCCGACAAGCUGAUUGACGAGGUUUAUACACUAAAGACAAUUAAAGAUGACGAUAUUUCAAAAUUUGGUCUCUGUGAUGAGAGAAAUCUGACUAAAAUUUUACAAGAUCAGUCAUCAAAUAGCAGCGUUCGCAUAAUGGCAAGGGUGGCGAAUUAUAAAACUCUAAAUAAAAGACUAACACAGUUUAAGGAGAGAUUCCCAGACUAUAAACAUUCGACAGAGAAGAAGACGACAAAAUUAAAAGACAAGGCUGCUGUGAGAACUAAGAAAGCUAAAGAGAAUAAUUCUCAGAAAAAGAGUUCAAAGAAACAAAAAGUUGUUGAAAACAGCAUUGAACAACUGCAAUAUAACUCCGAAGAUGAGGAAACGUGUAAGAAGGAAUUAUCUGAAGUAAGGAAUAACUCGCAAAAGCGCAAAAAUACAGACGAAGAUUGUAUAUCCUCGAAAAAAUUGCUAAAACUUGAGAAAGAUGGUACAUCAGAAACUACAUCAGUCACAGAUAAACGAUCAAAUGUAAUUAAAUCAUUAAGCGUUACGAAAGAAGCCAUGGUGAAGAGGUUUACUGAGCUGUUGGAGGAGCAAGAAAUUAAUCAAGACGCACAAAUGUCUGCCGAAAGUCAAGAUUCUGCAGAUACCGCGAUCGAACAAGUAAAAACGGUUGAUGACUUCUUCAUGACAGUGGAUGGUGAAAACUAUCAAGGGAGCAGCGCCUCAACAUCGUACACAAAAUGUCACAGACAUAGUACGCAAGCCAAACCUUUCCAAUUGAAUGAUCAAGUUAAAAAGCAAAAUGCAAGUCGCAAAAAUAACGCAAAUUUAAAUAAAAGAUCUUUGGACAAACAAUCCUUUUCUAUAAAAUCCAAGAAAAUUACUCCCAAUAAAAUUAAUAACACGAUUAAUAAUAGAGCAAAUAAAAGUAACACAAAUAAAAAUACGAUUGUUAAUAAAAAGGAUGACAGUACCGAUUUACAUCCUUCCUGGAUGGCUAAGAGAAAAGAGCAGGAAAUCAUGAGUGCAGGAUUUCAAGGCAAAAAGAUUGUAUUUACGGAUGAUUAGGCGAAAUAGUUUACUGUAUGGGACAGAGUUUACUUAAUCAAGAAUUUUU